AAUUACUUUUGCUCUUUACAGCUCAUUUAAAUUUCUGUCUUUCUCCAAGCAAAGAAAUUUGAAACCUAGGAGUACCUUAAAAAGACACAGAAUCUGAGUAAAUACCAUAAUUGUUAUCAUUAUUUACAGAGCAGGUCUCUUUUUCAUUGUUGGUCAAUUUUACGAAGGGUAUGGAGGAGGAACAAUUUCGAAAAAUUCUGAACCAGUUCCCUGUGGUUCGAUCCCGCGACUAUCGGGCAGAAGAUGAAGCAGGAUCAAAGAAAAUGUUAGCAUCCUCAGAAAGGGAUAAUCAAGUCAUGGACUGGCAUGAUGCCUGGAAGAAACUGGAUGCAGAAGAAACUGCUGUUGAAAGAUCUGAAAAAGAAGGUACAUUUUGGAUGCAUCUCAGGUCAUCAGUUGAGCAGAAGAUGGGUGCAGAAAAUGCCGAGCAAUUUUGUAGGGCAUUCCAAAAAGUUCACGAACAACUUGUGUAUAGAGCUCUCCCUCUUGAUGCAAUUAGACGGAUCACAGCACACUUGGAGUCAAAUUCAAGUUGAUGACAUGGGAAGCAUUUUCUUAUUUUAUUUGCCUGAAGCAGAUGCAUGUUAUUGAAGGGAAUGCAUUCUAAAUGAAUACACAUACAGAAUUAGAUAAAAACAUUUGUGAAUUCACAACGUCUCUCUAAAUUUUUAGAAAUUGUAAAAUGGCAAUGGUCUUUCCUUUGCUUUCGUUCUACCAUCUGACCUUGCCAUUCAUCUUGUAAUCUUCCCAUAUUCAAUGCGAUAGUCAGUUUAUACAUUCGAACUGUUUAAUCAAUCUACUGGAAUCAUAAGGAUGCGAAAUAUUGUGAAUGGAGCGCAAUUUUUUUUGUAAUUGAAAAAAUAUUGAAUGUUAGAAGUCUUAGCAGUCUUUCUGAAUA